AUAUUUUUUCCCUGUGUGCUGAAUUUUCCUCCUGCUGGAGAAAGCAGAAAAAAAACACACACACACAAGACUGGGGGGGCACUGAGAGCAAGAAGGAAAAUAAAGGAAGUGGAGGAAAAAAGUGAAAUAACAGGAGAUUAGCGGGAAGAUUGGAGCGGCAGGUUGGAGAGAAAGAGUGAGAAGAAGAAGAAAAUUGCGCGAGUGGACGACGAGACUUGCCAUAUUAUUAUUUUUUUAACAAUUCACCUGAUUUAUUUUAGUUUUUUCUUUUUGCACGAAGAUUCUUUUUGUUCCUCAUCUGCGGAAUUGAAAAAGGAGGUGACACCAUGACAACAGAGAUGCAGGAGAUCGCCAUCACGGAGGACAAGCCUUUACUCACGGGUCAGGCUGACAGCACCAAGGAUGCUGAACUGGCUGCUAGGAUACUCCUGGACCAAGGACAGGAGCACAGUGUUGAGACCCCACACGGCGUCCUGCAUGUGACCCUCCACGGCACACGGACCACCCGUAGACCCGCCAUCCUCACCUUCCAUGAUGUGGGCCUGGACAGUAAGAGCUGCUUCUCCCCUCUCUUCAAGUUUGAGGAGAUGCAGGAGAUUGUCAAGAAUUUCACCCUGAUUCACAUUGAUGCACCAGGACAGGAGGAGGGGGCUGCUGCCUACCCUGCAGGCUACCAGUAUCCCUCCAUGGAGACCAUAGCAGAGAUGAUCCCUGCUGUCCUGCAGUUUUUCAACUUCCGCACUGUAAUCGGCGUCGGUGUGGGAGCCGGAGCCUACAUCCUCUCCAAGUUCACACUUGCAAACCCAGAUUCAGUGGAAGGUCUGGUUCUGAUCAACAUCGACACCAACGCUCGGGGAUGGAUAGACUGGGCCGCUCAGAAGCUGAGCUCUGUGACGUCCUCCCUCACAGAGCAGAUCUUGUCCCACCUCUUCAGUCAGGAGGAGCUGUCAUCAAACACAGAUCUAGUGCAGUCUCACAGAGAGCGUAUCAAUAAAGCUCCUAAUGGGGUCAACAUAGAGCUCCUGUGGAAGACUUACAACAGUCGUAGAGACUUGAACAUUGACCGCAACAGCACCUUCAAGUGUCCAGUAAUGUUGGUGGUGGGUGAUCAAGCUCCAUAUGAGGACGCCGCCGUGGAGUGCAACAGCAAGAUGGACCCAACAACAACCUCAUUCCUAAAGAUGGCCGAUGCUGGAGGCCUCCCUCAGCUGACUCAGCCUGCUAAACUGACUGAGGCUUUCAAGUAUUUCAUCCAGGGCAUGGGCUACAUGGCUUCCUCCUGCAUGACCCGCCUGUCCCGCUCCCGCACCACCUCCCUGUCCUCCUCCUACUCCAUGGACGGGUCGCGCUCUCGCUCCCGCACCCUGUCGCAGGGCUCGCAGGGCGGACAGAUGCCGCCCAGCCCCUCCCAAACCAUGGAGGUGUCCUGCUGAAGCAAAAAAAACAAAACAACAAAAAACGAUACAACAUAGAACGAAGAGAGAGAGAGUGGGAGUGGGAGAAGAGAGGAAGCAAAAAAAAUGAAAGGAAGGGAAAGAUGAAGCAUGACAAUAAUGCAGGAACAAGACGAAUGGGUUACUUAUUUGUCACUAAACAACUCCCAUCAUUCCCCACAAGAGCAGAAUACAGAGAGAGGGAGGGAGGGAGAAGGGAAAUGAAGUGAUUUCAGUGGAAGCUAGAAAGCCGUCCUCCGCAUUUUGCACCACAUACAAGUCCAGCCCUUCAAAUCCCCCCUUCCAGCUGAAAACACAGUAGACUGGGCUGUUCUACGGUAAAUGUAAGAAAUGCAGUCUGUAGAAGGCGAGAAGAGAUUAUGAAAAAAGGGAUGAGGUGAAGAAUGGCGACCAGUUCUCUCUCCCUCCCUCUACUGGAGCCUCUAUCAGCCAAUAGAGCCCUUUAAUUUAGACACAGUGCAGCCUAUAGACACAAAUAUAGACGCGGCACACCUUAACCGAUAGUAAUAACUCUGAAAACGGUAUUGUUGUUGAUGCUGAUGAUUAUGUUGUUGGUGAUGAUGAAGCUAAUGAUAAUGAAAUAAUAGGAAAAAAAAACAGUAACACUUUUCUCUUUAAUGAAAUGACAUAGAUUUAAAAAAAAAAAAAAAAGAAACAUACUAUAGCAGAGAUACUUACAACAAUGUGUGUCUACUACUUUUUAAGCUAGUUUUUAUUGUGUUAUUUUUAUUUCUUUAAUGGGAUUUUAUUUUCUUAUUUGUGACCUGUCUCAGCAAGGGGCUGACGGCUGCUGAUUGGCUAACCGGUAACGCGUGGAAACAGCCAUUGAGAGCAUUUAUAGUGACUACUCCCUCCUUGAUGUUGCCAGGUUGUUUAUGUCUUCCAUUUGCCCCCCUUGUCUAGAAGUGACUGUUUCAUUUCCCCCAGUCGGAUUUGAGGAAGUGGGCCGGAAGCUUUUUUUAUUUUCCUUCUCUUUUUUCUGGACUGGUUGGAAGAUGCAUGCCUGGUAUCAGCCCAUGUGAAUAUUGAUAUUAUUAUUAUUUCUUUUAUAUUCUGCUAAUGAGUUGUGAGAAUGCGUGUGCUGUUUUGGUCUAAAGGAAAGCAUAGGUGAGACUGAGGGUGUUUUUUUUAGCUUUGCAGCUAGCUCGCACCCUAUUGUUAACACUAGUCGCACAUUUAAUAGUGCUUCCGAUAUUGUCCGAACAUCCAGCUGGUGUGCCACUCAACAGGGAGCGUCACAUCAGCAGUAGCAUGCCGGUCUGGGUAUUGCAUGUCAGCAUCAGCUGUGGCCAAAAGGGAUCACUGUGUUUGUCACCUGGGUUGUAAUCUCUUAGCCUUGCCCGCGCAUGGAUACCUCCUAACAAACCCAGCCGGCAUACUUGAGUUUAUGUGAGGUAAAAUGAACACACACUCCUUCAACUUUACUCAAGCGACGGGGGUCAACAGAGAGUUGUGUUUGUGAUUGUUCAGACGUGUGCGAGGAAGCAAAUGUGAGGCGCGCGGGAGUGUUCGAAUCCUGGAAGCUCAAAGAUGGAGAAAAAAACAGGGUCCUCUAGGGAAGUUUAGUAGUUAAUUUUGAGACCAACAUACCCCCCUGUGACUUAUUGUUGACAAUGAACCAGCCCCUUCACUGCCACCAAACUCAGUAAAAGCUCUAGAAAUGUUGGUUGUUGGCAUCAGAUGUGAAAGAGUUUGCCUCUUUUUGUUUGAUCGGCCAAUAUCUGAACUUUAAGCUUAAGCGUACUGCCAAAACUGAGGUCCCCAACAGAAUAGGGGGCAUUUUUAGUCCAAAUUCUGUCAUCAGAAAUGCUGUGAGGCUAAAUGUGCACCUUUUAGGACCAUGUAUAAUGUCUCAAUUUAGCUAAAAUUCCCUCGAAACAAAGCUUACCACUGCCCUGUGACGUGUAGCCAUUAGACCACGGACCCCUACCGGAACCCAGUCUGACAUCAUUGGAGUGCAUGUGCAUUUUUAAGCAUGUCCCGAUGCAGCUUUGCAUCUGAUUAUUUUUUCUUCUUCUUCUUUAAUAAGCAGUAAUGUUUUUAUGAGUCCGCUGGAGGUUGCCUGUUUCUUUCACAUGCUGUUUAGUGCUCCUUACCCAAACCUGUUUGCUGAAGGUGAGACGGAGCGAUGAUUUUGAUGAAACAGAAAAGUUAGCGAAGGGCUUCAGAUUUGAGCUUGGAGAUGAUGGUGGUGGUGAUGAUGAUGAACCAGGAUGCCACUUGGGUUACUGUCCAGAGGGCUGAAGUGUAGAAUGUAAAUGUUUUGCUCAUCCCAGGCUGAAAUUAAGACUAAACAGCAAAUGGAACAUCUACCAAAUAAGGGAUAACAGGCAGAGCCUAGAAAACAGAGCGGUACUUCUUCUUUCUGGAGAGUUGAGCAGGGCUGUGUGAUUGUAAAUGCUUGUCCAUUUUGUCUUUUGUUUGUCUCUUCAUUUUGACUUUGCUCAUAUUUUUUCUUUCCCCUUCUAUGUUUUUGUUUUUUUUUUACUUUUAUUUUCUUUUUGGGUCGUUUUAUCUAUAUGAAGUGUUAGUUUACUGUCCCGAUGUGCUCACAAGUUAGUUACGUGUGAUAGUUCUUGUGUAACUUUUUUAGCAUUAGCGCUUAUAAGGGAGAAUAAUAUAAUUAACAAUAAAAAGAUUAAAAGUAAAGAGAAUACAAUUCAAUUUACUUGUGUGACUAAUUUCUCUGUGUACCACAAUGAACAUCCUAAAAAAAGCAAACUUAAAUAUUAAUAAAAGCUUAAGAAUAA